ACAGUAUAGACAACAGGAAGUCAAAGACUGCAGCGAAAAUAUAUUCCACGACCAGGGUCGCACGUGACGCGAAAGGGCCGCGCACGUCAGCGUGCGCGCGCCUCCCCGCCACGAAACACUGCUCUUGAGUUCCGCGCGCCCGCCCCGCCCCCGCCCCGCCCCGCACGGAUCCGCCUCCAUCACGUGACUCCAGUAAGGUCUCGGCUUCCUCUUACUGGCGUAGUUCCGCGUCUCCGCACUCCCAGCCUGGUUUUUUUUUUUUUUUUUUUUUUAAUCGAAAACCAUAUGGAAAUGUUCGGAGAGCUCCAGGGAACCUAGGUUCCCUGGCUUCGGCAGAGCCUGGGCUAACGCGCGAGCGCGGCGGGACUGUCCUAGCAGGUGUUCCCGGAGAGAGAGGCGAUGGCGUCUAGUAGUAACUGGCUUUCUGGAGUGAAUGUCGUGCUGGUGAUGGCGUACGGGAGCCUGGUAUUCGUACUGCUGUUUAUUUUUGUGAAGAGACAAAUCAUGCGCUUUGCAAUGAAAUCUAGAAGGGGACCUCAUGUUCCUGUAGGACACAAUGCCCCCAAGGACUUAAAAGAGGAGAUCGAUAUUCGACUAUCCAGGGUUCAAGAUAUCAAGUAUGAACCCCAGCUCCUUGCAGAUGAUGAUACCAGACUACUGCAGCUGGAAACCCAGGGGAAUCAAAGUUGCUACAACUAUCUGUACAGAAUGAAAGCUCUAGAUGCCAUCCGUGCCUCUGAGAUCCCGUUUCAUGCUGAAGGCCGGCACCCCUGUUCUUUAAUGGGUAAGAAUUUCCGCUCCUACUUGCUAGAUCUGCGAAAUACUAGCACUCCUUUCAAGGGUGUUGGCAAGGCCCUCAUUGAUACUCUCCUGGAUGGAUAUGAGACAGCCCGCUAUGGGACAGGGGUCUUUGGCCAGAGUGAGUACUUACGAUAUCAAGAGGCCUUGAGUGAGCUGGCCACUGUGGUCAAAGCACGAAUUGGAAGUUCUCAGAGACAACACCAGUCAGCAGCCAAAGACCUAACUCAGUCACCUGAAAUGUCACCAACAACAAUCCAGGUCACAUACCUGCCUUCCAGUCAGAAGAGCAAACGCCCUAAGCACUUCCUGGAACUGAAGAGCUUUAAGGACAACUAUAACACACUGGAGAGCACUCUGUGAUGGGGCUGCACACGUGCAGCCGUGCAGCACUCGGGAUGUCUGGUUCAGCAGACCCAGGCUUUAUUGGCCAAAGCAUUCUUACAGAACAGUGUCUAAAAGGUCAUUCCCAACCCUUUCUGAUAUUGGCUAAGACCUCAGUAUCUCCCAGUAGCACUUCUUCUGGAUUUGAAUUCAAAUGUCAUUCUUAACAUUUCUGUUGAUGCUUCUUUGAAAAUCUUCGCUUGAUUUUGGCUGUAAAUCACCUACCCUGUUAAAUGCUGUUUAAUCCCAAGGAUGUAAGUUGAGGUGAGGUGUCUUCUCUGUCUGCCCCAUUGCACUCAACUGAAUAGAAAUAUUUGGGUUUAGAGCAUCUCAAAAGUGGGUAGAAUGUCCUUUGGGAUUUUGUUGCUCCGUUUAAACCAGGUGUAUUGUGACAUGAACAUGACUUUCCUAAAGUGGAAGGAUCUGUCCCCACCUUCACCCAGUCCUUAGGACAAGUAGAAAGGGGCAUUCUGGCACUUGGCAUAACCUAUGCCACGAUGGUGAGAUAAUGUGAAAAAGUGGUAUCCUCUGAUGUCAGCGUAUUAGUCUCAGUUUACAAAGUACUUAAUAAAACUAACUACUGUAAAACCAUG